AUGACUGAACAAAAAGUUCAACACAAGAUAACACUGGAUCGUAAUAAAGACAUUGUAGCCCUCCACAUUGAGCAGGAUUUACCAACUCAGAGCCUGCUACCAAUACGCAGUCGUAAGGACUGGAACCUUUUCGAAUAUCCCGCACCUCUUUGCCACACACCUGAACAGAUUAUGUUUUUAGUUGAUGAUAUGUUGAAAAUGAAUAUGACUGUAAUGAUAAUGGACUUUGAGAUACUAGUAGCCCUUCUAGUACUACUGAAUGGGCUGGCGGCCCUGUUGAUUAGAAUAAUUUCUACCAUUGUCAAGUCAGUUACUGUUGAGUGUAACCCUGAAUACAAUAAUAUACAUAUAAUAUACUAUAAUUUAUUACUUGUUUAA